AAAAAUAUCUCAAUUCUCCAAAUCCCCCAAAAAAAUAAUUCAUGGAGCCGAAUGAAACUAGUGGACUGAAUUCUUACUACCACCACCUCCACCACCAACCGCCGCCGUCACAACCACCGCAAAACCCUAACCCUACCACCACCACCACCAAUGGAAUUGUACCAAAUAACAACCCUACCGCUACCGCUAACACCACAGUCGCCGCCGCUUCUCAUAUGGUGUACACUGGUUCGCUUCCGUCCGCUGUAUCGCCGCCUAUGGAGAGUGUGAAGAGAAAGCGCGGGAGACCUAGAAAGUAUAGCACGCCGGAGCAAGCUGCUGCUGCUAAGCGGCUGUCGUCGGCUUCGGCUCCGCCUAAAAAGAGGGAUCAUGGUUUGAGCCAUGUUGCUGGAGCAGACGGUGGUGGUAGUUCUUCGAAGAAAUCUCAAUUGGCUGCGUUGGGUAAUGCUGGUCAAGGUUUUACACCUCAUAUCAUCACCGUGUCUGCUGGAGAGGAUGUCGGUCAGAAAAUCAUGAUGUUCAUGCAACAAAGCAAACAUGAACUAUGCAUAUUGUCAGCAUCUGGCUCAGUCUCCAAUGCCUCUUUGCGUCAACCAGCAACAUCUGGAGGAAGUAUUACAUAUGAGGGCCGAUUUGACAUUCUCACUCUAGCUGGAUCUUAUGUACGCACUGAGACUGGAGGCAGAACCGGUGGGCUGAGCGUGUGUCUGGCAAGUACUGACGGUCAAAUUAUUGGAGGUGGAGUUGGUGGUCCCUUGAUUGCUGGAGGCCCAAUUCAGGUGAUUGUUGGUGCAUUUUCAGUUGACUCAAAAGCUGGGGGACUAAAGCAUGAUACUUCCCCGCAAUUUGGUGGAUCACCAUUAUCAUUUCGUUCGAUGGUUGAUUCUUCUAAUCAAAGUAUGGGUGGAGGUCAGUUUAUGAUGCCAUCUCGUGGUAUGCAACCAACACCAUUACAUUCAACUGAUUGGAGAGUUAGCACCGGUCAGGGCUUGCACCAGUCUCCAGAAAAUGGGGACUAUGACCACCUUCAAGAUUAACAAAAACGUGACGUAUUAGGAGUAGUGUGAUAAACUUUCCUAAGUUAUAGGUUCUUUUUCGAAGAGAAUAUACACUCUUUACAUUUGUACAGGUUAGCAACAAAACUUCCCUGUAGUGUCUUUAUUGCAGAUGAAAACUGCUCCCAAAUACUCUGAUGUCUGAAACCUCAGAAUUUCUUUUCCAAUUCUCUGAAUUACUUUGCUGUAUU